CGGGGGGGCGGCGGCUAUAAAGACCGGGGGCCGGUGCAGCCGGCAGACAGAAACAGCCCCGGAGCCCCAGAGACCUCCGGACCAGAACACCAUGGACAUCCAGACGGGUCCGGCGGGCCGAGGUCUGGGCGCCAUGGAGAGCCUGGAGCAGCAGCUCGGCUGCCCCAUCUGCCUGGACAUGUUCAGCAAGCCCGUGGUCAUCCUGCCCUGCCAGCACAACUUGUGCCGCGGCUGCGCCAACGACCUCUACGAGUCCAAGAACCCCUACCACUACUCCGGGGGCAGCUUCCGCUGCCCCACCUGCCGCUUCGAGGUGGUGCUGGACCGACACGGCGUGUACGGGCUGCAGAGGAACCUGCUGGUGGAGAACAUCAUCGACAUGUACAAGCAGCAGCAGGAGAGCAAAAGGGGCGUCGCCGAGGACCCGCCGCCGAAGGACCGGGACGCCGAGGAGCCGGCGUGCCCGGAGCACGAGGGCGAGCGCAUCAACAUCUACUGCGUGAGCUGCCAGGCGCCCACCUGCUCCCUGUGCAAGGUGUUCGGCCAGCACCGGGACUGCGAGGUGUCGCCGCUGCACGCCGUCUACCAGAGCCAGAAGGCCGAGCUGCGCGCCGCCGUGGAGCGGCUCGCUGCCGCCGACGGCCCGGUGCGGGCGCUCGUGGCGCAGACGGACGCCGCCUGCGAGCGGAUCCGGGAGAACGGCGAGCUGCGGCGGAGGCGGCUCGGCGAGAGCUUCGACCUGCUGUACGCCACCCUGGAGGAGCGCAAAGGCCACCUCCUGCAGCGCGUGGACCAGGAGGCGCAGCGCAGGGUGGCCUGGCUCCAGAGCCUGGCGGAGCAGCACCGGCAGCGGCUGCAGCUCGGCAGCCGGCUGCGGGAGAAGCUGGAGCAGAACCUGCAGACCGGCGGCGCCGCGGAGUUCCUGCUCACCGCCAAGCAGCUGCAGGAGGAGGCCCGGCAGGCCGCCGCGGAGGCCCCGCUGCAGGGGCCCGGACCGGGCUACGAGAACAUGGAGCACCUGAGGGUGGACACCCAGGAGGCGGAGGGGCUGCUCGCCAGCAUGGACUUUAGGACAAGACCGGUUCAUGGCGAGGAAGACCAGUAGGACAAGACCAGGACGUACGGACCAGAAGGUUUUUGCUGCUGUUAUCAGAGACUUCAGGUACUCGAGGAGUCGUGCAUCGUUCUGGAACGUUUUUGCACUUGACUUUUUAUACUUUUCUAUUUUUCUCGUCACUCAAGUUUUAUUUUUCGUGUUCGUCUCUUUGUAGAAACUGAAAACUUGAAGAUUCAUUCAGACCGAUUCAAUGUUGAAAUGUCUCUUUUGACGGUGUGAAUAAAGUUUUAUUUGAUUGUUAA